UUUUUCAAUCAAGCCAGUUAGCGCUUAGAAUGCUAAUAGGUAAACAAGCAGCUAAACGCAGCACACCUGCGACGGCGGUACACUGAGUAAGUGGACUUCAGCCUGAGCUGUGGGCAAUGAACUGGAGUAGAUGUCACGAUAAGUUAUAAAGUAAAGCGUCGGGACACCUGUCGACCUCCAGACUGUCAGAAUUUAACAGGUAAUAAAUUAGCUAGCUUAAAAGCCGUGAGUGCCUAGCUUUGAGGAGGUCGUGUUUUCAGCAGCUUACCUGUUCGUACCUUAAAGAGUUACUGCAACGCUCUCUGGAUGUACUGCGCGUAGCUAGCUGGAAGAUAGUUGGAUUUAAAGCUCGGGUGUUUAACUGCGAGUCUCAACUUAAACUGGCUGAAACAAAGAAUCUGAGCUGACCUUCAAAGAGACUGGCUAAAAUUCAGUUUACGUAUUGGCGGCGACCAGCGAGGCAGUUUCUGAAUUUCCCCUCUCACCGUCCCGAUGGAGUGGGUGUUCAUCAUGAACCGGAUGAGCUCUCAGGGUAGCUCUGCAGCCCAGCGGAGACGGAUGGCUCUGGGGGUGGUGAUACUCCUGCUGGUGGAUGUCAUCUGGGUUGCCUCCUCCGAGCUGACCUCGUACAUUUUCAAGCGACAGGACUACAACAAGCCCUUCUUCAGCACCUUUGCCAAGACAUCCAUGUUUGUGCUGUACCUGCUGGGUUUCCUGCUGUGGCGGCCAUGGAGGCAGCAGUGCACGGGCACCCUGAAACGCCGCCGCUCCGCCUUUUUUGCUGAUGCCGAAGCCUACUUCACACCCUGCACCACUGACUCCACUGUGAACAACUGUCUGAGUGAGCCUCUGUACGUACCUGUGAAGUUCCAGGACGUCCCCACCGAGCACUCGAGUUGUUUAAUGGGAGACUGUGAAUCCUCAUCCAAAAAGCAGCGGGUGCGUUUCAGUAACAUCAUGGAGGUGCGUCAGCUGCCCUCCACUCAGGCCCUGGAGGCCAAGCUGUCGCGCAUGUCCUACCCCGCUGCCAAGGACCACGAGGCCAUGCUGCGCACCGUGGGCAAGCUGACCAUCACUGAUGUGGCCAAAAUCAGCUUCUUCUUCUGCUUUGUGUGGUUCCUGGCUAACCUGUCCUACCAGGAAGCUCUGUCCGACACACAGGUCGCAAUCGUCAACAUUUUAUCUUCCACCUCAGGUCUGUUUACACUCAUUUUGGCGGCCAUAUUUCCCAGCAACAGCAGCGACCGCUUCACCCUUUCCAAGCUCUUAGCCGUGGCUCUGAGCAUGGGAGGCGUUGCCCUCGUGAGUCUCUCCAGCAUGGACAUCCCAGAUGGGAAAGGAGUCAUCGGUUCCCUGUGGUCGCUGGCUGGGGCGAUGCUAUACGCCGUCUAUAUCGUAAUGAUCAAGCGGCGAGUGGAUCGGGAGGAUAAGCUCGACAUCCCAAUGUUCUUUGGGUUUGUUGGUCUGUUCAACCUGCUGCUGCUGUGGCCUGGCUUCCUCCUGCUCCACUACACCGGCUUAGAGGCCUUUGAGCUCCCCAGCCAGCUCGUGUGGACGUACAUCCUCAUAAACGGCCUCAUCGGCACCGUUCUGUCAGAGUUCCUCUGGCUCUGGGGCUGUUUCCUCACAUCUUCUCUAAUUGGGACUCUGGCAUUGAGCCUCACCAUCCCACUCUCCAUUAUGGCCGACAUUUGCAUGCAGAAGGUGCGUUUCUCGUGGUUGUUUUUUGCCGGGGCGGUCCCUGUCUUCCUCUCCUUCUUCAUCGCCACACUUUUAUGUCACUACAACAACUGGGACCCAGUGCUGGUGGGGCUGAGGAGGGUUUACGCCUUCAUCUGCAGGAAGCAUCGCAUUCAGAGGCUGCCAGAUGACAGCGAGCAGUGUGAAAGCCUUAUUCCCCUCCACACCGUCUCCCCCGGCGAAGGAAGCUUCUGCUCGUGAUCCGGCAGUCAAAAUAGCGGCCAUCGUGGAUCUGGCUGAGCUGACAAUCGGGAAGCUUUCAGAGACGUUGAACGUACCCCAGUGCCUCCCAUUACACCUUAUUUAUUUUCUACAGUGUUCAGAUUCAGUUCUGGAAGCUUGUUUUUAUCGUUACACUUCCAUCCAACACUACAGACUAAAGAUUUCCUCAUUUCGCUUAUUUUCUGUGUCUAAAAGAAAGAAACGGUACGGCACUCAAGGUGCAGGACUUAAUUAUCAGUGAUUUUGCCAAAUUAAACCAUUAAUAUUGGAGAAGACUUCCUUUUGGUCUACUGAAGGAUCUUAACAAAUGACAAUCUAUUGGACACAGAAGGCGUUAUGUUAUUAUUUCCAAACGGUUCCUGUGACGCAUAACUUUGUGUUGUUGAGUUGUUUUCAUGACCAGAAAUCUGGCAGAACUGGAAAUGCUGGACACGGAUGAGCUCCUGGUAACCAGCCGGGGAGCUCGGGUAGUCAGAGCGACCUCUGUGUGCCCACUUCUCAAACACUAGACUGAUAACACUACAGCCGAACAGGACAGCACCAUGUCCUGUUUCCUCAGUGCUGGAUCCUGAACACGAGCUCCAAACGGGAUAGAAAGCCUUCAAAAAAAAGUUCUGCUCCUAAAAGUAAAAACCCAUGUCAAGUUUAGAUUGAGCUCAUCUCCCCUUUAAGGUCGUCUCUGAGUGAACCUCUGGACCUCUUCCAGCAACCCAACUCCUUGGAAGUUUCUCCUGUUUUGAUUGUUUGCAUCUGAUUUUGGGACAAUUACAGCGUUGUUAGAUCACAUUGUCCCAGGUAGGGCACGGAGUUGCAUCUACAGGGUUGCACACAAGGAAUUCAUCAACGUAGCCACUGUGAUGUCACCCAUUUUGAAGCCUUAACCAAGGAAUCUGUCGGAUACGUGUCCAUGACACGGUUUUCUUCCGUCCUUUGCACGGCUUCAAGUCACACUGGGAGCAUUUAACCUCUACAGAGUCUUUUAUUUUUAAAUUCAACCUGUUCUUGUGUCUGACUUCCUUCCCUCCUCAUAAGCUCGCCGUGACUUUGAGCAGUACAGAACAGGAACUUAUCUGAGUCUUCUGAAACACGCUGCGGAAAAACUGGAGGAAUUGAAAGCCAAAGCUUUCUUGGUUAUACUAGAACUUCACUCAACAAAACUGAAGCAUUAACUUCUUGGACAGACUGCAACUCUCAGAAAGCCUUAUAAUUAGUGAGAUAACUGCAUUAAAAAUGCUCCAGAAGCCUCAAACAGCACAAGAAAGGUUUGGAGGUUGAGUCCAGGGCCUCCAGUGACCUGAGGUGAAGCUUGGCAGACAGUCGAGCUGCCACAGCCCAAUUUUAAAUCUCAGCAGUCACAUAGUGACCAAAACUGUUUUUGUAGCAGGCUGUAAUCGUGCUUAUUUCUGCUGCAUGGGAGUCUAUGAGGACUCACUCACUGCUGGAGAAAGCCUCCAGUGGACAAUGAAGGAACUGCAGCAUUUGGCACUUUUGUCUUUACUUUUUUUUUUUCAGCUCCAAGUUCUUCUGUCGGAGUUUUUUUUGGGGGGGGAAGCUGGAGGUGUUCACAGUGACACUCAGGUUAUUUCAGAGCACAAUCUUCUCUCGCAGUGCCACCUACUGUCCAGGUUUGGCACCCUGGAACACACAGGCACACUAAUGGACACAAAGAAGUGAAAGUAUGCAGUCAGAGUUGGAUUUUAGCUGUGUUAAAAGAAGUCCAGUGUUUCCUGAGGAAAUGACCUUGAAGGGGAGAUCAACCGAAAUCAAACCAGACUGGAGUCGCCGAACUUUAUGAUCGCCUUCGUGCAAUAAAAACAGUCGUCUGCAGUUUCCUUUGUUAAAAAGGUUUGUAAAUAGUGUACACAGUGAAACAUGAACAUGGAACAGUUUUAUUUUUGACCUUCAAAUGACCACUAAAGAUUCAUAUUUUAUAUCCGUGUCUUCUGGAACGACUGCCGCCACAGGAAGCUUUCGCUCUGCAGCCAAAACUCGCUGAGAUUUCACCGCCUGAACUGGACUGUGUGUGAUUUUAUUUUACGUCUUAAGUAAAGAAGAAAUAUUUACUGUGCUUGUGAUUUUAUGUGACGAGAAGAAGCCUUGUUGUUCUGUCAUCAGCCUCAGUGUUGGUCAUGUCAGCAAUACAGAUGGAGGUGAGCUGCUGAUGUUGUUCCCCUCAUCCUUUUAAAUAUGUGCAUCUUCAUGGUGUUUUUUUUCCUGCACUCGGCUUUGACUGAGCGUUUCGAGUGGAGGAGGUAAUAGCCGUUCUGUGAGGGUGAAUUAACGAGUUGAGCACUUUAAGUGACAGAAAAAUUAUUGCACUUUCUGUGUCUUUUGCCAAUCAGUCAGUCCCACCUUUCAGCCACGACUUCAGGUUUGAACACUGAGAGUUGAUGGUUCCUGAAAAGCGUUGAUUAUUUCUGUCUUUUAUUAUGGUGCUCGUGGAGUCAUGGAUGUGCUGAUUUUCUUUCUCAGGUUCUUUGUUUUGUCUUUACUGUCUGAGCAUUUUCUGUCUUUAAGGUGUCUUUGAUGCUAAGGAUGUUAUACAACCUAAAUGAAGGCUAACCUUCCUUAUACCAACCUAAGCUCUUGAAUAGUCUUAUUUUGCAACUCUUGUUUUCAUACUUCAGUGCACUAUUAAAAAAUAUCUUUUAAA